AUGGAGAAAGUUAUUAAUCAAGUAGAUAAGAUUCUUCAUGAUGGAGCACGUAAGAAUAGUAAAGAACUAAACAAUGCACUCAUUAUGCCAUUUUCUGAUGAUUAUCCAUUUUGUACUAAUGGUGUUUAUUUCUACUGCGGUAAGAUGGGUUCAGGUAAGACAUAUGGUGUUAUUCGUCAUAUAAUGAUAACAGACCGCUUCACUAAUACUCCAUAUUAUGACUCAAUAGUUAUCUCA